ACAUAGGUGGCGAUGAUGCGCCUUGGCGCUAGAUACAACCACCGUAAAACGUAGGAAGCAGAAGACGAAGAAGAAUACCAACGAAGUAGAAGGAACCAAAGCAGAAAUGGCGUCGCUGAAUGACAAGUCGAUUUGGGAUGAAGUGGAGGAUGGAAUUGGCGAGGAGGUCUUGAAAAUGUCUACUGAGGAGAUAGUGCAGAGAACCCGUCUCCUGGACAGUGAAAUAAAGAUCAUGAAGAGUGAGGUGCUCAGAGUCACUCAUGAGCUCCAGGCUAUGAAAGACAAAAUCAAAGAGAACACAGAGAAGAUAAAAGUCAACAAAACUCUGCCUUACCUGGUUUCUAAUGUCAUCGAGCUGCUAGAUGUGGACCCUAACGACCAGGAAGAAGAUGGAGCCAACAUUGACCUGGACUCUCAGAGGAAAGGAAAAUGUGCCGUUAUUAAAACCUCCACCAGACAGACAUACUUCCUUCCUGUCAUUGGUCUGGUUGAUGCAGAGAAACUGAAACCUGGAGAUCUGGUGGGGGUUAAUAAGGACUCCUACCUCAUCCUGGAGACUCUCCCUACAGAGUAUGACUCCAGAGUAAAGGCCAUGGAAGUGGACGAGAGGCCAACUGAACAAUACAGCGACAUCGGAGGACUGGACAAACAAAUCCAAGAGUUGGUAGAGGCCAUUGUUCUGCCUAUGAACCAUAAGGAGAAGUUUGAGAAUCUGGGGAUCCAGCCUCCUAAAGGAGUUCUGAUGUACGGACCUCCUGGAACUGGAAAGACUCUGCUGGCCAGAGCAUGUGCAGCUCAGACCAAGGCGACCUUCCUGAAGCUGGCUGGGCCACAGCUGGUGCAGAUGUUUAUUGGCGAUGGAGCCAAGCUGGUCAGAGACGCCUUCGCCCUAGCAAAAGAGAAAGCUCCGUCCAUCAUCUUCAUCGAUGAGCUGGACGCAAUCGGCACCAAGAGGUUUGACAGUGAGAAGGCAGGAGACAGAGAGGUCCAGAGGACCAUGUUAGAACUGCUGAACCAGUUGGAUGGGUUCCAGCCCAACAUGCAGGUCAAGGUGAUAGCAGCGACAAACAGAGUGGACAUUUUGGACCCUGCUCUGCUGCGUUCUGGACGUUUGGACCGUAAGAUUGAAUUUCCCAUGCCCAACGAAGAGGCUCGAGCCAGGAUCAUGCAGAUCCACUCCCGCAAGAUGAACGUCAGUCCUGAUGUGAACUAUGAAGAACUUGCCCGCUGCACAGAUGACUUCAAUGGAGCUCAGUGUAAAGCUGUGUGUGUAGAGGCUGGGAUGAUAGCGUUGCGUCGUGGGGCAACCGAGUUGAACCAUGAGGAUUACAUGGAGGGAAUCCUGGAGGUCCAGGCAAAGAAGAAGGCCAACCUGCAGUACUACGCCUGAGCUGUGUGUGUCUGUCUGGUGGUGUAUUUCCAAGAUCAUCAAUAAAUGAAAAAAAAGUCCUCUUG